UAUUCAGUGCGAGACUUGUUGCGCAUGCCCAGACUAAACUUACGUGGCAUGAAACAAUUUUUUAGUAAAACGUAAACAAAUAGACAAAAGUAUGCAUCACCUGGUGUUAACAGCGACUGUUGUUGCUUCAUUAUUAUACAUAUCCACCGUCCAAUGUUAUUUCAUAAACAUUGAUGCCCAUGCAGAAGAAUGUUUCUUCGACAAAGUCACGUCCGGCACGAAAAUGAGUCUGAUGUUUGAGGUGGCAGAAGGUGGUUUCCUUGACAUAGACGUAAAGAUAUAUGGCCCAGAUGGUAAGGUUAUUCAUUCUGGAGAUAGAGAAUCUAAUGGGAAAUAUACAUUUGCUGCCCACAUGGAUGGUGUAUAUAAGUACUGUUUUAGCAACAAAAUGUCCACCAUGACUCCAAAGAUUGUUAUGUUCACAGUUGACAUUGGAGAAAAACCAAAACAAGAAGAAAAUAUGGAGGGAGAUGAACACCAGAACAAAUUGUCCGAGAUGAUAAAUGAACUGUCAACAGCUCUAACAGGAGUUAAACAUGAACAAGAGUACAUGGAAGUUAGAGAAAGAAUUCACAGAGCUAUUAAUGACAAUACAAACUCAAGAGUUGUAUUGUGGUCUUUCUUUGAGGCAUUGGUGCUAGUGGCUAUGACUCUGGGACAAGUAUAUUAUCUGAAGAGAUUCUUUGAAGUGAGAAGAGUGGUAUAACACAAGUGCUUUAUAGACUUAUAGGAUAACAAAUUGUUCAACCAGUGGUACAGGCAGCAGCAAUUCUACUGUAAUAAGAUGAAAUAAUCAACAACUAAAAUUUGGGCUAUUAACUCCUGUAAAAUACUUAUUUAAACACUCGUUGAAAUCAACAUCAAUUGUGGGAUUAUUAUAGUAAGAGUUGAUAAUUGAGAUCCAGAAAGAUUUUUUGUAAAAACAAAAAUGAAAGAAAUACUGUUCAAAAUUAUCAUACACAUGGAUUUGUUCAGUCUGUUCCUUUUGUUAUGUUGGGAAUAUUUAUUUUUUUCACUGCUCAAAAGACAAGGUGUAUUUCACUAAAAUAGAUUACUAAAUAGCUUGCAAACAUUUUUUGUAAAAAAAAAAGCAGUAACGGUUUGACAGUGGGUAAAUAAACAAUUUGUAAUGAGUUUGUUUUUCAUGUUGUGUUGGUUACAGUAACAACUAAAAUUUCUAAACUAUAUGUCAUUUAUCAUUGACUAUUUACAUAUGGACUUAUUAUAAAGGGUCUGUGCUUUCACAGUUAUUACUAUUGCUUUAGUAAUUGAUAUGUAAGUGCUUUGGUUAGGGGUGUUAAGUAUUUAUAUCUUUAUGAUUUAUCUGGUAUUAAAUACUAAAUUGACUAAAAAAUCAAUUUCAACUGUAAACUAUGAAGAUGUUCUAACAGAUAAAUGAACCUUUUUUUCUCAAAAAAAGUUCUUCUAGUCAAAAAGUAUUUUCUUCCAUUGGGACAUUGUAGUUACCAAUUUUGAAAACAGAAAGAGUUUCAUUAAGAAUUUGGAGUGGGUUAUAAUAGAAACUACUUAAGAAAGAUAAAUUAUUUUGGCUGUCUGGAUACUGGGAUAGUAAAUAAAUCUUGCUUUCUUCAUACUGACAUCAUGUACAGUGUAUAUAGCUAUGAAACUGGGUAACGAGGGGAGGGAUUUGUAUUUUUUAACUUAUUUUGUUUAAAUAUUUUGAAUGUGUGUUUAACCUGAGAUGAGCCAGUGAAAAAUGUUUGUGACAUGUUAUUUUGUGAUACUAUCAUGUUAAGUGCGUAAAUGAAUGAGUGAAUGAAUUUUUGUUUAUUUGUGAUAUGAUUUUGAAGAACAUACCAUUCCUGCAUUAAUAUGUCUGUAAUGAUAUACUUUUCCAUGAUCAGUAUAAAUGUCUUUUGGAAUAGAAGAUAUAUUUGUUUAUGUGUGUGUAUAAGGUUUAAUUUCCAAGUAGUUUUCAACAAAAAUCUUGUUUAUUUUACCAAACAUUGUAUAUAAUUAUUCUGGAAUGAUGCAUGAACAGUUUUAAUCAUCGUAACUGGUUUGUUUAGAAACCAUUUAUGGCUGAAAUUUGUAUUCUUAUAUGAUUGGUAAUUGAAUAUGAUUUUAGAACUUGCUUUGUAUUGAGUUGAGUUCCAUAUUAAUUAUGUAUGUAUUGUUUUUUAAUGAUACAAAAAAUAACAAAAUGUAAGACUAUUAAACAGACUUUUUAAGCUUAUUUUAUACCUUAAGCAAUACUAACAGUUUCAUUUCAUUGAAGCAAAGAAGUUCAUUACACUUUUAUCAAGAAUCAUGUGGAUAUUGCCUCAUUUUGUACAUUAUAUUUACACAAAAUGAUAAUAAGAAAAAAGUUAAUACUGGCAACUUAAUCCUGAAUUUGAAAUAUAAUAUUUGUUAUCUCAUUAAUGUUAUACAGAUGUUGAAUUUUGUAUAAACAUUUACUCAUGUAAAUAGUUUACCACCAUCUAAAUGGAGAUAGUUCAUUAGAAAUUCGUAAAACUGUUUAGUAAUAAGGACAGUAGAUAGCAUAAUUUCUUAGCUUUGUGCUUACAUAACAUCUUACAAUGUUUUAUUACUAAGCCAUUAUACAUUCAAAAAUUGAAUAAAGAAACUUUUGAAAGA